AGCCCACGGCUCUUUCUCUCUUACUGCCAUCAUGCUCGUCGCCCAGGUCUCUCUGACCGCACGGCGUGCUACUUUACGCGUCACACUCUCUCAUCUCCGUCAUUACGGUAUACCUGCCAAUGUACCUCAGACGACGAAGGUAUGGAACUCCGUCGAUGAAGCGGUCAAGGACGUCAAGUCUGGCAGUACUCUGCUCGUUGGAGGAUUUGGUCUGUCUGGCAUCCCGGACACUCUCCUGGGAGCGUUAGCAAAACGCAAAGACGUCAAUAAUCUCAUUGGAGUUUCUAACAACGCAGGGGCAGGCGAGUCUGGCUUAGGGAAACUUCUUAACGGUGAGCAGCUGGACAAAGUCAUCGCAUCGUACCCUGGAGGUAACAAGAAAUUCGAGGCUUUAUACCUUGAGGGGAAGAUUUCUCUCGAGCUUGUACCUCAGGGUACAUUAGCAGAACGAAUUCGUGCUCAUGCCGCCGGUAUCCCGGCAUUCUACACGCCAACUGGCGCGUCAACAGCAGUGGAGGAAGGGUCGAUCCCAAUCCGUUACAAAGAUGGAGGAUUCAAGGCUGGAGUUGGUAUCGUCGGUAUCAAGAAGGAGACAAGGGAAUUCAACGGAAAGAAGUAUGUCAUGGAACCUGCGAUCGCUGGAGAUGUUGCCUUUAUCAGAGCAUGGAAAGUAGAUGAAGUCGGUAACUGUGUUUUCCGGUAUGCGGCGCAGAACUUUAGCCCCCUCAUGGCCAAAAACGCUAAAUUGACCAUAGUGGAGGCUGAGAAAAUCGUUCCCGUGGGGGAAAUAUCACCUAAUGCCAUUCAUCUUCCGUCCAUCUAUGUCGACCGUAUCGUGAAGGCGACUGCUCCCAAAGAGAUUGAAUUCGUCACCCUUGCUCAGGAGAAAUCUGACUCCAGUGAACCCCAGAAGGCUAUCUCUUCGCGUCACCGGAUUGCCCGUCGUGCGGCUAAAGAAAUCAAGAAUGGAUUCUAUGUGAACUUGGGAAUCGGAAUGCCAACGCUUGUCCCGGAACACCUUGAGAAGGGUGUCAAGGCGUGGUGGCAGAGUGAAAAUGGAAUUUUGGGAAUGGGGCCGUAUCCCACAGAGAAGCAGCUGGAUCCUGACUUGAUCAACGCAGGCAAAGAGACCGUUACACUUCUUCCCGGUGCUUCAUUAUUUGAUUCUAGCGAGUCGUUUGCUAUGAUUCGUGGCGGACAUAUUGAUAUUGCCAUCCUCGGUGCCAUGCAAGUGUCUCAAGCCGGUGAUAUUGCCAACUUUAUGAUCCCCGGCAAGAUGGUCAAAGGUAUUGGUGGCGCUAUGGACCUCGUCUCGAACCCCGACAAGACCAAGGUCAUCGCUGUAAUGGAACACUGCGCUAAAGAUGGAGGUCACAAGAUUCUCAAGGAAUGCUCCCUACCUUUGACUGGUGCGCGUGCUGUGAGCACCAUCAUCACCGAACUUGCCGUCUUCGAUGUUGAUCGCCACAAUGGUACUCUGGAGUUGAUUGACCUUGCGGAAGGUGUAACCGUUGACGAAGUGAGGUCGAAGACCGGAUGUGACUUCAAAGUGAGAAGUCACUUGGGUGCAUUCUAAAUGCCCGAACGAUGGAUUGACUUACAAUUGGUGUAUGGUCUGACGAUUCAGCAUUGCGUUUACCGCUCAGAUUUCUAUCUCGAUUUUUAUCACUCUGUAUAGUAGUACACAACAGCGCAGAUUCUCUUGGUAUGUAGGUGAGGUGGUAUCUAACUAUAAUAAUCUAUCCAAGAUGGACGA